AAACUCGGAGAGAGUGGACACUCGAGAAAAGGAAGAGAGAGAGAGAGAGAGAUGAAGCCCCAUUUGGUGGAACUGUUGCCAUUCGCAGCCAUGGUGAUGGUAGAGUGCUUGGAUGUGGGCCUAACCACCCUGAGCAAAGCAGCCAUGUCCAAAGGAAUGAGCCACUUUGUCUUUGUUGUUUACUCAAACGCCAUCGCCACUCUCAUCCUCCUCCCUUCUGCUUUCCUCUUCCACAGAACAAAGAGGGACUCACCUCCUCUGACGUUCUCUCUCCUCUGCAAAUUCUUCCUCCUCGGCCUUGUUGGGAUUACAGUGAUGCAAAACUGUGUAUUCACAGGGAUAAACUAUAGCUCACCCACCCUUGGAUCGGCCAUGAGCAAUUUGGUCCCAGCUUUCACUUUCUUGCUUGCUGUUCUCUUCAGGAUGGAAAAGGUAGAUUUUAGAAGCUCAAGAAGUCGGGUGAAGAUCAUGGGGACCUUGGUUUCAAUAUCAGGCGCAUUGGUAGUAACCCUCUACAAGGGUCCUCCAAUUGGCUCCUUGCCAGUUCAAUCCUCAUCAGUUUCCUCUGAAGACUCGUUUCCAUCACAAUCAUCUCUCUUCAACAUGUUGGCAACUGAAAGUAACUGGAUUCUUGGAGGCCUUUUCCUUGCGAUUGCUUGUUUAUCUCUGGCUAUAUGUAACAUUUCUCAGGCUGCAAUACUUAAAGGGUACCCAUCAGAAUUGACAACAGUGGCAUUCUACUGCUUGUUUGGGACAAUCCAAUGUGCGGCACUCUCAUUAUUUGCAGAAAGAAACAACCCAAAUGCUUGGAAACUAAGCCCUGAUAUCGAGCUCAUCUCAGUCAUCUACUCAGCCGUGCUUGGAAGUGCCGUAACUUUUUCCGUCCAAACAUGGUGUAUACACAAGAAAGGUCCUGUGUUUGUCUCCAUGUUCAAGCCAAUGGGCAUUGCUAUUGCUGCAUUAUUGGGUGCCAUUUUCCUUGGUGACGCACUUCAUGUUGGAAGCAUAAUUGGAGCAAUUGUAAUUGUGGUGGGUUUCUACGGAGUGAUAUGGGCACAAUCAAAAGAAGAGGAAAAGGGAAACCAUGGAGUUGAUCAGCUGCCUUCAUCCUCAUGCAAUACCCCACUAUUGCAGACUCACGCGGUCGCAUAGAAACUUGUAUAUUGUAGAAAAUCAGCCAUUUUCCCGUUUAGCUUUUCUUUGAAUUAUAUCCCACUCGAAACAAUGAAUUCGAGAGUCGAAUGUUGUUGCACGAGUACACGGUAUAUAACUAUUGACCAAGUACCCAAAAAUAAGGUCGAUGGUUCUUCAAAGUAUUUUCUGGAAAGAGCAAUUCUUCUAAGAAAACUUUAUAAGAUGUUCUAAUUUCUUGAAAA